AUGCGGCACUCGCUCAUUAUCGUUGUCGCGUACUCCGCCCUCGCGGUCUCCGGCUGGACGCAGCGGACUACCAAUGACGGCGCACCCACGUCGGGGGCUGUCGUCGCCCGCGAUAACGCAAACUACCAGCCAGAGAUUACCGGCCUCGACAGUUCUAUGAUAGCAAAACGCGCCUUUAUCGAUGAAAAAAACACGAAGUAUCAACCGAUAAUAAAAAGUGCUCUUGAAGAAUGCUACAAAACCGCUGACUGGUCCGGAGCUGCCGCCCAAAAUGAUGCUUGGAGAAUGAAACAAUGGUUCAAGGAUAGCAGCCCUCAGACUAUUGCAAAGGUCAAGCAGACUUUUGACAAAAUCAAGGAAGCAUGUGAUUCCACGUCCAUGAUCGUUAAGGUCACAGCCAGGGUGCUUCCGCAACGAUGUGCCGACAGCAACACGCUGGCUUAUUCGGAUACUUACGAGAAUGUUAUUCAUGUAUGUUCCAUGUGGCUGCGUAUGGCCGACCAUAACUUUGCUUUGAGCCUAUUCAGUAAAUCCACCAUUUUAUUACGUGAGAUUUUACAACUACCAGACUUCGGAGGUACGGCUGAAUGCGUCGGAAAUGGGGAGCGCGAUCGCGCAUUGAGCUUAACAAAGGAGGAAGCCUUGAAAUGCACGGAAAACUACGCCUUUUUCGCUCAGUCAGUCCUUGAUGGUCAGAUGGGACUACUUAAGAUUAAAGAGGGAUUGUCGUUUUAUCAAAAGCAGAAGAAACCAAGGGCGAUCGUUACUUCUUUUGGCUAG